AUGUUCCGCGGGGUCACUGCAGUCCGCUCUCUGCGGAGCUUGGCGUGCAGGCGGCAGUGUCGCGAUAUUUCUCGCCUUUCUCCCUCCUCUUCUUCAGCGUUCGCAGAGAACAGCCCGCCCUCCAUAGAGAGAGGCGAGGCAGGCGAGCGGAGGAUGCACCAUCUGCCGACGCCGUCGUGUCUCGGGUCGCUGGCCUCGCUAGCUAGACGCCUCCCGGACAGUUACGCGAACCUUCCGCAGGCGCCAAGUGGGCGAGAACGCACCCCAAGAAGCCGAGAGGCCUUUGGGGCGAGCGAAAGCACGGGGUGCGUCUCCGCCGUCGCUUCUUCCAUCCCUGAUCCGCGUACCUCUGAGCGCUUUGGCCACUGCAGCUGGAUCCCGCAUGCAGGCGACGAGGAACGAGCGAGAUGCGUGAAGAGCGCCACGCGCGAAAACCCCGAAUUUCUCCGUGGAAUCCUCCGCAUAUGUGCACUGGGCGGAGCGCUUCUCGGAGGGUACAUCAUGCUUAUAAGGCCCCGAAAAAAAGGCAUGCGCCUCGACAGACGAAGGUAA